AUGUACUUCUCCACUUCUCUACAUCUCCACUUCCCCGAUCUUCGAUUCACAGUAACCAUUCUUUGACUCUACUCUCUCAUCUCUUGCCUAUUAUCCGCUGACCUUCUGCUUCCUUCUUAACAUGGCUAUCACCGAGGCUAUCAAAGCCUUGAAGAUUGACUUUCCCAGCGAUCAGUUGGUCCUUGGCGGCUCCGCAGAGUUCGACAAGCUAAACAGUUCCUAUCUAUCCUUACUGCAGAGCGAACUUGAGCCCGCCGCCAUAUUCCUGCCGCGAAGCAAAGAUGAGGUGGCCAAGUUCGUGAGCGUCAUCAAGCCGUUUGCGCUGAACAGCGACGCCCGCUUCGCUAUCCGUGGCGCCGGCCAGCAGCCUGUGCCUGGCUGUUCGAACAUCGCCGGCAACGGCAUCACCAUUGACUUGCGUUUCCUCACCGGUAUCGAGCUGAAAGACGGUGUCGUCUCGAUUGGAGCUGGCGAGCGUUGGGGGCCUGUCUACGAAAAGUUGUCCGAACAAGGCCUUGGCGUGACCGGCAGCCGGUCCGCUCUUGGAGGUAUAGGAGGACUGGCGUUAGCAGGCGGACUCUCCUUCUUUUCCUCACGAGAAGGCUUCAUCUGUGAUAAUGUUGUCAACUACGAGCUUGUCCUGUCCACCGGCGACGUUGUCAACGCAAAUGCCACCGAGAAUGCUGAUCUAUGGAGGGCGCUACGAGGUGGAGGAAACAACUUUGGUAUCGUCACACGAUACGACCUCAAAACCUUCAAACAAGGACCCUUCUGGGGUGGUGCUGUCUUCUACUUUCCCCCAAGCUUUCCCGGCCAGGUGCAGGCGUAUUGCGAUGAGCUGAACAAGCCCGAUGCCAGCAAGGAGACGCAUAUCAUGGUCAGCCAGGGAUUCAGUGGCGUUUUUGCAGAUCUCGGCGGUCAUUUCUGCAUGAACCAACUCUACUACACGCGCGAAGUCGAGAAACCAGCAGUGCUGGAACCUUUCGGCAACGUCCAACCCCAGAUCGAUCCAAUGAACUCGAUGCGCAUGUUGACGUUGAAGGAUGCUGCCAACGAGCAAGCGCAACAGUCGUCAAAUGGUGUCAGGUGUGCUUAUAUGAACACGACAGUCAAGGCAGACGCUGCCACGCUCAUCGCUGCCUCUGACAUCUUCACGGCUGCUUUUCAACCGCUAAAGUCUCUUGAGGGCCUUACAUGUGCUUUCACACUGCAGGCCUACCCUGUGUCGCUGCUGAAAAAGUGUGAUAACAGCCUUGGAUUAGACGCUGCAAUCGGACCCCUUGUAUCCAUCUUGCUCCUAAAUUGGUGGAAAAACAAGGUGGAUGACGACCUCGUCAUCAAAUCGUUCAAGAACGUAUUGGAAGAGAUUGAUAAGGAUGCUGCUUCUCGGGGCACCGCUGUCCCUUACAAGUACAUGAAUUACGCAUACGACUUCCAGGAUCCUAUCACCUCCUACGGCAUCGAAUUUCACAAAAAGCUGCGCGAGGUCAGCAAGACGUACGACGCAGAGGGUCUUUUCCAAAAGGGACUCCCUGGUGGAUUUAAGCUUUUUUUGUGACGAAGGCCCAAAGGGUUAGCUAGGAGGCUUCAAGUGAUAUAGUCCGGCAUACUAUGAACAACUAGCUGAAACGUAGUAUCUAAUAGUGCACACUUCUUGUAGUAAUUAAAACCUAUUCUCCGACACAUAUAACGAGAUAUUCAGUUGCCUUAGACGCGGGCUACGAAAAGGCCCGCACACUAAUUUACC